AUGGCAGAACAACAGGCAGACACUGAGACGAUGAAUCUUCCUACAAACAUGGAAGACACACCAGUUCAAAUACGAGUAUGUGAUCUCUGUCAAUCCGUAGGAAAUACUUCACCGCUUCCGUGUUACCAUCGCUUCUGUCAGCAGUGCCUGGAGCAGCUACAAGCGACAGAACAAGAGGGGGAGCCAACUUGUGUCGUGUGCAGUUCGUACGCCCCCCUCCCUCAAAAUGGCGGCCUAGAAGACAAGGAGCGUCAAUGUCAAUCAACUCUCCAAAAGUUCACAGCAGACGUGGUCAAUGAGAUUCAUCCUACGACACAACAAGCGGAACAUUCCGGCAGUUCAGAGCAAAGCAUUUCUCCGUUAAAUUCUGUAGAAGAAGAACUCCUCUCCGAAUCGGAGGCUCCGAAUGUACACGAGAGUGAAGUGGUGAAUGUGGGGAAGCCUACUAAAGAACAACAGCCUGGUGACCUUGAAUAUUUCUUGUGCUUAAACAAUAAUAAUGCCGCGCAUUUAGUUAAAGAUACGAAAGAGGACAUGUUUCUCUCUGGGCCACAAGAAUCUACCGCUGCAGAAUAUGAGAAAACUGGAAAAUCAGAUGACACUAUUCGUUUUCAAGAGUUAAUAAGGUCUGAAUUAAUGUCAAGAUCUAAAAAGUGGCGAAGGAAAUCGUCCUCUGGGUCUCCAUCGCCGGACGCAUCAAGAAGAACAGCAGCUGUGAAAGCAACGACAACGGCGACAGCAACGACAACAGCAGAAACUGCAACAACAACAGAAGAAGUGUCAGCAACGAUAAGCGCAGCAGAAACAGCAAAAACAAACGGAGCAGCAGUAGAAAAUGCAACUACAAACGGAACAGCAGUAGAAACAGCAAAGACAGCAGCAACGGCAGCAGAGACAGCAGCAACGGCAGCAGAGACAACGAAAACAAUAGUAGAAACAGCAGAAACAACAGAAAAAGAAACAGCAACAACAUCAAAAGAAACAGUAACAACAGCAGAAGAAAAAAUAACAGCAGAGACAACAAACACAUCAACUGCCGACCAAGUUCAACAAGAACCCCCUCGGCGAUCACAGAGAUUAAACUCCGAGGACCGUAAGUACAUUCUAGUCUCGAAAAAGGCGCCAAAAGAUGAAAAGACGGAGGAUUCGAAGCUACAAUUAAAACUUGACAUCGCAACACCAACAGCCACCUGUGUACCAAUAGGUCAAGCAGAAAUGGUAGAACGUCAACAAAAUGGAGAACAGGACAAGAAGGAAAGUCCUCUGGACAAUGACACAGGGAAAGACAGCAAAGAAGCGUCACCACAGCAUAAGCGAGGAUUGUGUAAAUGUUCGAGGGGCGAGGUUAAAAGCGUCCACUGUAGUGUCUGUCAGAAAUACGUCUGCAUCCACUGCGCCACACACGAGCACAAAGACCACUCGGAUGAAGAGAUACGAGAAGCUCUGGACAAAGAAAAAGACAAGAUACAACACGGCUUAGACAUCGCCAAGACAUGUGCUGACGCUCAUAAAAAGAGAAUGGAAGAACUCGAAGAAGCAGAGCAAAAUUUGUUGAAACAGUUCGAAAACAUGAGCAUAAAGAUUGCCGACCAUUCGGACAUAGCUCUCAGUUUGAUAAACGAGCGGAUUGAAAGUAUCGUACAAGCAGUCCAACAGGAAGCGGAGAAGGCUAGAGAAUCCGUUCGGGAUUUUAAAGCUGAAAGCUUAGAGGGUCUCAUGACAGCUUUCGAGGAACGACGGUUUAAAAUAAGUGAAGAACGUGAGACUGCUCAAGUAGCUUUUGCAGCGUCUUCAAGCUACAGCAACAUCUCAAGGAAGAUCCUUGACGACGGUAGUUCGGCUGUCGUCUUGACUUCGUCCAACAGUCUGUCGGAAGUUUUCAAGACGUUGAAAUACCCAUGCGAAAAGACGAGUGCACCAAAUGCAAUACCGUCUGAAUUUGAUAGGCGUCUCUGGUUCAUGGCGCCUGAAGUGGACAUCAGCGGAGAGGUACAGAAGUGGUUCGGCAAGGUUAUCAAUAAUUCCAGUAAAGAAGUAGUUCCAGGAGAAACUAGACGCCCAUCAAAGUCGUCAACGGCACCAAAGCAAGGCCCGACACUGAUAGCAACUCUAAAAAGCGCCACCACGCAGUUACACCGGACCUUCAGCGUAGCUGCAGACGAGGAAAACGACAUCAUCGUCGCAGGGCAGAACAUCGUUCGCAUCUUCAACAGCGACACCUUGCGACUCAAAAGCGCAGUGGCUCUGGCCUUUAACCCGGAAGGGCUUGCUGCCUACGGAGACGAAAUCUUCGUGACGGGAAACGGUCACAACAUCCACGUGUUAAAGAAAAAUGGCGACAGCAGACGCGUUCUCCGUGUUGAAGGGGUACUCUCUCGUCUCCAAGGGUUAGCAGUGGACAGGAACGGAAGAAUCAUAGCUACCGAGGGGAGACAAGUUUUUGUCCUUCUCUCAGAUGGAACAGAUGUCUGCACGUUCGAUGUCGCUACGGAAGGUGGUCCUGUCAGACUCUACCCAGCCACAAACAGCAGUGAUCGAAUCAUCAUCAGCGACCAAUCAGGACACACUAUCAAACUGUAUGACGCAUCCGGGAACCUCAUUCGUCAAAUGGGCGGGAAGGGGAAAGAUGAUGGACAGCUGCUUGGCCCGGCAGAGGUUUGUACGGACGAAGAGGACAACAUCAUUGUAGCGGACACGAAGAACAACAGGGUUUCCCAGUUUAAACCCGACGGCACGUUUGACAGACAUCUUGUUGUGGAAGAGAAUUACGUCAGGUUUCCAUGGGGCGUGGCUUUAACCGGAGACGGGAGGCUUGUAGUGUCCUCAUUGGCUGUUGGUCAGGCUGUCAAAGUCUUCGACUUGCACAUAAACUCUUAA